AUGGUUCAGAAAAUAACCUGUAUUGGUGCCGGAUUUGUCGGUGGUCCAUUAGGCACGGUGCUUGCCUUUUGCUGCCCAGAGAUUUCAGUAACCGUUGUUGACAAAAAUGCAGCCAGAAUUGAGUCAUGGAAUUCAGAUGAUUUGCCAAUGUACGAGCCUGGCUUGAGUGAUAUCAUAGCUCAGGUUCGACAACGCAAAGAUGCUUGCAACCUUAGCUUUUCUUGCGAAAUCAGAAAAGCUAUUGUCGAAUCAGAUAUUAUCAUGCUAUGCAUAGAUACACCGACUAAGAAUCAUGGGGCUGGAAGUGGAAUGGCUUUGGAUUUAGCUCACAUUCAAGAGGCUGUGCGUACGAUUGGUGAAGUAGCCACGGCAGAUAAAAUCAUCGUUGAGAAAUCAACGGUUCCAGGCGGUACCACGUCAAUAAUACAAGACUUACUCGAGGCAGUGUCUACAGGAACAUACAAUUUUGAGGUUCUCUCCAACCCCGAAUUUCUCUCCGAAGGCAGCGCAGUGAACGAUCUUCUACACCCCUCGCGAGUGAUAAUUGGAUGCCAGCGAACAACAUCAGGCCAGCUGGCAGCAGAGAAGUUAGCAGCCGUCUAUAGGAGGUGGACUCCGCAUGAGCUCAUUAUUACCAUGAACCAAUGGUCUGCUGAACUUUCUAAGCUGGCAUCUAACGCACUGCUGGCACAACGAAUCAGCAGUAUCAACUCAUUGAGUGCUAUCUGCGAGGCAGUUGGCGCUGACAUCAACUCCGUCGCAGAGGCGUGUGGCACCGAUCCCCGGAUCGGCAAUAAAAUGCUGCAGAGUGGACUAGGGUGGGGUGGAAGCUGCUUUCCCAAGGAUGUGGCGGCCUUGAUUUAUCUCGCACGAAGCCUCGGGCUUAACUCUGUCGCAGACUACUGGGCGGUCGUUUUAGAAAUGAACGAAGACCAGCAAAGCCGAUUUGCCAAACGCAUUCUCAGUUGUAUGCACGGUUGCAUCAACGGGAAGUUGAUUACAAUUCUGGGAUUUGCAUUUAAGCAAAAUACAUCAGACACUAAAAAUUCUCCGUCCAAGAACUUGGCCCGCGAGCUUCUGCGAGAAGGGGCUACGAUUCAUAUAUACGACCCAAUGGUUUCGGAAGCCCAGAUUUAUAGAGAUGUGAAUGCUUCGGAUGAGCAGUCAAGGCGACUACGGAUUUUCUCCACGGCGGGAGAAGCAUGUGCAGGUGCUGACGCCGUCGUGGUGGCCACUGAGUGGGACCAAUUCAAAACUCCAGACAUUUGCCAAGCUCCGUACGAGACUAAUGUCGCAGUUGGUACAAAUGGCAUGCACACCAAGGAUAUCCAGAACAAUGGCGCCCACCAUGAACAUGAGACGGGAGGAAUUGACUGGGCUUCCAUUGUGGACAACAUGUACCGACCUGCAUUCAUAUUUGACGGAAGAAACAUUCUGAAUGCCCAAUAUCUGGAAAGCCUGGGCUGUCGAUAUGUGGGUAUUGGUCAUUUGUCAAAAUGGGACAGACAGCAUCACGGCAUUUUCGCGAUGGCUCCAAAAUUAUAUGGCAUGAUUUAG